GGUGUACUGCAACUGCUUACACAUGUUCAGCUUGAUAAAUAAUUUUGAAACAAUCUCUUCCAACCUAUGUAUGAUGUCAGGUUGUCAACAUUAGUUGUAUGCUCUCUGACUCCACUUGUAGUAAAAUACAGUAUAUGCAAAUGGUGCAGCUGUAUUGAAGUGGCAAUAAAUUGCCUAAUCUAAUGCCUGUCAACAUGUUUUUUUAUGCAACAGACUACAUACUAUUGCACUUAAAACCAAUUCUCUUUAAGAAGCUAUUGAUUUAUCCAUACAUAGUGAGCUUUUGCCUUUGCUUAAUUUCUUCUAUUUGUAAAUCUGUUGUACAUCAUACGUGUUGCUGGAACAAGGAGGUAUUUCCUAAAUCAUCCGUUCUCCUUGAUGUAUUCAAAAGAUACAUUACUGAUAGAAUUGUCUGCCUGCACUUUCUUUACAUCUCUUUGAAAAGUCUUAAACUUAUUGGAGUUCUGCCUGCAGCUGUUGGGAACUGUGUUUGGGGAUUAGUUACUGGAUUGUAAAAACCAAAGGAGACGUAUGAUGGCUUUCCAAAUACCUUGUACAUGUAAUGCUUCACUUUUUUAUUAUUAUUGUAUUUUUAAAGAAGGGCGGAAGAGGAAGAACAAAGUGCUAAAUAGUAAAGCUUUCAUCAAGACUGCUGCCAAUUGGACAGGAGUUGAUUUCACACUCUUCUACAAAAAGGGAGCUGCUUCUUGUUUGAGCGGGAAAAGGACAGUUUGCUAAAACAGAUGUAUUAUGGUGUUGUUAUUUUUUCUUUUUCUGGUCCUUGCGCAGAAGGACAGUAUGCUGGUCACUUGUUGAAUAAGUAGCAUGCAUGUUUUCAGAAUUUGAAGGAGGUGUGGUAUGAGUUUUGAAAGAGAAAGGGGAAAGAAAGCAAGAUCAAUACCUCUGGUGCUUUCAAUGAAUCUGUCUGGGGAAAAGGAGGCUGAGGGGAGACCUUAUUGCUCCCUUCCAAUAUCUGAAAGGUGCUUACAGUGAGAGCGGGGUUGGUCUCUUCUCACUGGUGACUGGUGGAGGGGAAAUGGCCUCGAGUUGCACCAGGGUAAUUUUAGGUUGGAUAUCAGGAAAAACUUCUUUCCUGAAGGGGUUGUUAAGCACUGGAAUAGGCUCCCCAGGGAGGUGGUUGAGUCACCAUCCCUGGAUGUGUUUAAAAACUGUUUGGAUGUAGUGCUCAGGGACAUGAUGUAGCAGAGGGUUGUUAGUUAGGGUAGUUUGGUUAGGUUGUGGUUGGACUCGAUGAUCUUUGAGGUCUUUUCCAACCUGAGUGAUUCUAUGGUUCUAUGAAUGUGCAGUAGAAUUUUUGUCUAGUAUGUGGUGCAUUAUGAGGAAACAGGCUUUGCUUUGGCAAAAUUGUCAGAACCCUUUCAUUCAGUCUGCUAGAAGCGAAUAAGAAGUCUUCUGGAGGAGCUGCUCUGAUCUGAAAAUUCCUUGGCAACAACAUGUAUAAUCAAUUCAAAGGGACUCCUAAACUCACUGUUACAUUUCAGAAAUCGGCUGUUUUCUUGAGUGAUAAGCCAACUGGAAAGAGUCAGUCUGCACAGGAGUUUGGGAAGCUGCUAGAGGAGUGACAGCGUGGAGAAAGUUCCUUGGGCGUGGGCCAGGCUGACAAAUGCAAGCCGGCAGGCUGUGUGUCUGGACUUGUGCUCCAGCUUAUGCUGGUGGAUGUAACGCCCUCAGAGUGUGGGCAGUGAGGCGCUGUGGAUGGCAGCAGCAUGCAGCGCAGCGUGCUUGAUUUUAUUUGCUAUGUGUGACGUUGAGAGAUUAAGGGGAGGGGAAAGGAUCAGCUACUCAGGGUGCUCUGUUAAGAGGCGCAAGUGAAUUUGCUUGUCGUCAGAAUGGGAUUGCCAUAUGAGUUCUGAAAAGCAUUUGGCUCGUGAAGAUAACCGCUCUAAAAAUAGAUUUUUUGGAGGAGAGUUUUCACUUCGGUCCAGUUUCGGGUUCCAGCUGAGCUAGCUUUACGAAACUCAUCAGCUCCUGUUGCAAGACUACAGUGAGGAUAAAUCGCUUCUUAUUCUGCCUUCGGUGUUAGCUUUUGGAGAUAACAACACGCUCACUUGGUGAAAAUUGAACACCAGUGUUAUGGCCGACGACACAGAGAGUAAGCAUGGAGGAAACAAGAAUGGAAAGAAAGAAGGCCUCUCUGGAAGCUCAUUUUUCACCUGGUUUAUGGUAAUUGCUUUGCUGGGAGUUUGGACGUCAGUAGCAGUUGUCUGGUUUGAACUCGUAGAUUAUGAAGAAGUCCUAGCCAAAGCAAAGGAUUUCCGUUAUAACUUGUCAGAGGUACUACAAGGCAAACUUGGAAUAUAUGAUGCUGAUGGAGAUGGAGAUUUUGAUGUGGAGGAUGCUAAAGUAUUGCUAGGCCUAAAAGAAAGAUCUGUCCCAGAACAGCCAGCAUCCCCCGUAUCUGAGGAGACCGUUCAACCCGCUGAGGAGUCAUUCAUCAAAUCAGAGCACAAGAAUCUUGAUGUAGAAUUGGAAGAGGAAAUUCAGCCUGUUCUUCAUGAUGCUCUCCAUUCCCAGCCUGGAGAGGGACAUGAAGAUGUAGAUGAAAGCAUAACUGACCAGUGGCAAGAGAAGGAAGAAAUACAUGCAGAAACAUUUGAAGCUCCUGCAACAGAUGACAUGCUUAGAGAAUUAGAGAAUGAAGUGACAGAGGAUUAUGAGAUACCAGACUCAUUUCAGAAAGAUGCUGAUUUUGUAGCAGAUGAUCCUGGAGCAACAGAACCUGAGACAUACGAAGCUCCAGUUUCUUAUGAAUAUGAUAUGGAUUUGGAAAACACAGUAAGUGAUCCAGAAGCUCCAGGUAAUGCUGAGCUAACAUUAGAAGAUGCUGUUGAACACUACACAGAGGACAGAGAGCAUGGUGUUUACGAUGAACAUGAACCAAAACAUGAGAAAGAGACCGAGGCUCAAGAUACAGCUGUUGAAGACCUUCCUGAGGAAGUACAUGAAGCCACAGAACCAGUUAGAGAUGAAAUUGUUGAAGACUUAAAAAUUGAGAAAAAACUACCAGUAGAAAGUAAGCAUACAGAAGAAGAUAAUGUGGCCACUGGACCAGAGGAAUCAGAAGCCCCAGUUCAAACUGAGGAUUAUUCAAACGAUAAUCUAGUGGGAAAAGGUGAAACAGAGAUUGAGCAAGACAAAAUGGAAAAAGUUAAAAAGAAGAAGAAGCCGAAGCUCUUAAACAAGUUUGAUAAAAGCAUUAAAGCCGAAUUAGAUGCUGCAGAAAAAUUACGUAAAAAAGGAAAAGUUGAAGAAGCUCUAAGAGCUUUUGAAGCACUGGUAAAUCAAUACCCAGAAAGCCCCCGAGCAAGAUAUGGAAAAGCACAGUCAGAAGAUGACUUAGCUGAGAAAAUGAGAAGUAAUGAGAUGCUGCAAAAAGCCAUCAACACCUAUGAUGAGGUGGUUAGUCUGCCAAAUGUCCCUUCAGAUCUGAUAAAACUGAGCUUGAAACGAGAAGCUGACAGGCAGCAGUUCCUUGGUCGUAUGAGAAGUUCCCUGAUUACUCUACAGAAAUUAGUUCAUCUGUUUCCCAGUGAUACAUCAUUCAAGAAUGACCUUGGCGUCGGUUACCUCUUGAUGGGAGAUAACAGCAAUGCCAAGCAAGUGUAUGAAGAGGUUCUACGCCUGGCUCCAGAUGAUGGCUUUGCCAAAGUACACUAUGGCUUCAUCCUGAAGGCCGAAAACAAGAUAGCAGAGAGCAUACCUUAUCUAAAGGAAGGACUGGAGUCUGGUGACCCUGGCACAGAUGAUGGACGAUUUUACUUUCAUUUGGGUGAUGCCUUGCAGAGAAUAGGAGACAAAGAGGCAUACAAGUGGUAUGAACUUGGAUACCAAAGAGGUCACUUUGCGUCGGUCUGGCAGCGCUCUCUCUACAAUGUCAAGGGACUGAAAGCUCAGCCAUGGUGGACAGCAAGGGAAACAGGUUAUACAGAACUGGUAAAGUCCUUAGAAAAAAACUGGAAGCUCAUUCGAGAUGAGGGGCUUGAUGUGAUGGAUAAAAAAAGAAGCCUCUUCUUGCCUGAAGAUGAGAAUCUACGAGAAAAAGGAGACUGGAGUCAGUUUACUUUAUGGCAACAAGGAAGAAAAAAUGAGAAUGCUUGUAAAGGUGUUCCAAAAACGUGUGCUUUAUUGGAAAGAUUCCCAGAAGCUACGGGCUGCCGAAGAGGACAGAUCAAAUAUUCUGUCAUGCUUCCAGGAACUCAUGUUUGGCCCCACACAGGACCCACCAAUUGUCGGCUAAGGAUGCAUUUGGGCUUAGUGAUACCUAAAGAAGGCUGCAGAAUUCGAUGUGCCCAGGAAAACAGAACCUGGGAAGAAGGGAAAGUUCUUAUUUUUGAUGACUCUUUCGAGCACGAAGUGUGGCAGGAUGCUGAAAGUUACCGUCUGAUAUUCAUUGUUGAUGUGUGGCACCCUGAGUUAACAGCACAACAGAGACGAACCCUUCCUGCUAUUUAAGGGAUUAUAUCUGAUGUGAAGAGCCAGAGGAGUUUUAACCUGACAGAGUAUGCAAAUAGAAACAUGCAGGGUUAAUUUAUACAGCAUAUGACGAAUGCUAGUAUUGUAAGGGUUAAAAGAGAUAAUGACAUUCUACAAUCACAGAGGACUUGAGUUUAAAAAACAGAAAGAAAAAAAAAAGCAAAAAAAAAAAAGCCAUGUUUGUUUCAUACUGAUAUAGCACUGAUACGUAUUGUUUUUCAGGCUGCAAGUCUGAGAAUACAAAUCUUGUCUGUCAAGGAGCAAUACAGGUCUGAAUUUUCAAGCUGAGGAAUGUGCAGAUGUUUUUACCAUGCCUGUAUGAUGUGUUCAAAAACAGUCAUCUACCUGCCUGGCCACGUUCAGGCACAAGGUUUGCAAUAAUACAUCUGGGAAAUACAUCCCAGGCUUCUGUCUGCAAGCAGCACGUAUGGUAUUUAUAGACACAUGCAUCCAAUCAGCUUUGAUAAUCACUGUGCAGUUGUAGUGUUAACUGCUUUAGGUAUAAAACAUGUCCCUAUGUUAUCAACUCUAGAUAAUGUGAAUGGGUUGUGUGUUUUGUUGUUUUUUCUACCUGAAUAACUAUUUUUCUAGCAUAAUUAUGAACAGAUCUUCUUCAAUCAACCACUAUUUUUAAAAAUAAUGUAUAUACAAAGUACAUCUCUAGCUAUAAGCAUAUAUUUUACAUUGUGCUGUAGCACAACAAAAGUAGUAUAUGAACAGAUUUCAUUUUGCCACCUGCGGCCUUCUCUUGCCUUCCUAGAAAUGCAAACAGAAACUUGCAUACUCCACUUCUUAGUAGAGCGUUGUCCUUCUAAAACAAAAUAGUUCUCUUAGCAGGUAAACUUCAGUUUUGUAAUGUGACUUUGGAAGACGUUGACUUGACCUAGUGGUGUUUUCCUUUUCUUGAAAUGUAUGGUACAAUCCGGAAACAGCAUAAUUUACAGUAUACUCUGUAUUUGCUACCCAGAGUUUACUGUAUGUUAAAAAGGCCUUAUUUUUAAGAGAGAAAUCCUGGAUGUUUAAGCAGUUGGCUGGUCUUUUCGUUCCUCACUGUUUGAUGGGAGAUGGAAGGUGCAGAAGCCUCCACUGUUGAUUUCUAAGAACACUAACAAAAUGAACUAGAGUUUGCACAGAUAAUGUUUGAAACCAGCUGUUAUCUACUCACCUGCAAAGCCAGCGGAGAGUGGAUAGGUGUGCUAGGAUGCUUGGGUCUGCUCAAGCUCAUCAAGAGCAGUAGCAUCACUAGUGAGGGUUGUGAGAGACAGGUACUAAGCAAGGAGACAUUAGGGUUACUGAGUCUUCAGAGCUUUGGCCUCGUAGUUUAAAGGACACUGAAGAAUUGUCUUAUUUGCUUAAUGUUCCGUGAUUUUGUACUGCAGAGACUACAUCAUGGUGCCUAAGUAUUGUAGGUAUAAACAGCCCAUGCUGCCUGAUUGCCAUAUUUGCUAGGCAAAAUAUAGGCAGCAGCCUUGCAUUCCCAUAAAUUGAAUGCUUUUUCAGACUUUGUAUUUUAUUAAGAGAUCUUGUAAUGCCACGUAAUGCAUGACAAUUGUACCAUAAGCUGUUGUAACCCAUUUCUGGAGGUGUGCACUUUAAUUUCCUUUCUGGCUAUUAAAAAAUAAAUAGAACACACACUGAUAAGUCCUCUCUGAUCAAGAGUCAGUUUUAGGUAGCAGUGGUAAUUAGACUUUAACGUAUUGUCCAUAUCAGCAAUAACACAGAGUACCAUCUGCUGUAAGGUGACAGUUCUCUGUGAAUAAUCAUGGAAACUGAGAAAGAUUUAUAAGUUUCAAACUUUAGAAAAUAUAAAAGUACUUUUGGAGGCUUUACAAGAAUUAUGUAUGAAACUGGAAAUAAUGUACUUUUUAUAUUAAGGAGUCGUAGUACAAUAAGAAAAAAAGUAAUGCUGGUAGUUGUUAAGUCGGGCUGUGCUUUGUAUCUCCAUACACUUAUCCAGCAGUAGAAAUUAUAAACUAUUUUGCUAUUCUGUAAAAUAAAGACAUAGUUUGUAAUGAAGUAAUCAAGAACUGUUUAAACCAAAAAUUAGCGGCUUAGGAAUGCUUUUAUUAAUAUUGCAUUUUAGUUUCUAUAGCACAGAGUGAACACUAAAGGAGUGGUAAAAACUUUGGAGCUUUAUUUAUAAGAAAACAUGCUGUCCUGAUUGUUCCUUUGAAGUCACAUGCUUCAUGUAUACAGAUUGCAAUUGGCAAAUAGAUCAAAGUUAUCUACCUAGAAUGUGCAUGUGCCUGAGUGGCACUGUUCAUUAAACUGUGUAGUGACAUAUUGACCGUCUGAUAUCUUAAGUGCCUUGAAUGUGACAAGGUUUCUUGUGAAUAGCUGCUGCAGCACUGAAGUGAUUCUGCUCUCUGCCUACCUGUCAAGGAGCUUAGAGCAUCUCUUUUUGUUAGAUUCAUUUAUUGGAUUAGAUACAUAAAUGGUGAAUAUAUAUAUAUAUAGUGAAACACAGGAAGUAGGCAGUGAAUAAGUAGUAUGUUAUUUUAGUUAUUCCUCUUUACCAUCCAGUAUUUCAUGUUGUAAAAGCUUUUUAUACAUUGGAAAUACCAACGGAUGAAGUGAAUUGAAAUGCUUUUCAGAUUGAGCACUAUUGCAAUUUAAAUGUUUCAUUCUUCAGCUGUGUUUACAGAGGAAAUGGCAGCACAGGGCAUUUGUAAGGUAGUAAGUACAUACUUGAAUGAGCAGUGUAGGCCGUUACAAAGAUUCAGUGGCAGUGGAGAUAAGUGUAUUAACAGAGAAAAAUUGCAAACCAAAGUAUUUCUUCACUAAUGCUGCAGUGUAGUAGGUGUCUGCCUUGGUGUUGUUUUGUUUGUUUGUUUGUUUUAUGUAUGUUUGAUUUACAUUAUGCUUUAAGCAAGCUUGCUCUGACCAAUCCAGAUGUCUGAGAGUCUUCAUGAGCCUUGGGGAAAGGGGGAGCUGUGUCCAGUCUCAGCUUUCUGUAGUGGGUAUAUAAUAAUAAUGCCAUAGGGUAGAGGAAUGGAAAAAAAAACGACAAAGGUAAAUGGGCUCAGUCAUUUGUUUAAUGUCCCUGCAAGACUCAGAGUGUUUGCUGCUUUUUCUGACUCCUUUGCUGGGAACAUUCACUGCCCUAAAGACUCUCUACUGUGGAGACCAGGCCUUGCCCCAGUAACACACCGCUACAGAGGAAGGUUACUGUGAAUGAGACUGUCCUGUACACAUACAAGCAGGUACAACCUAGUUGUGUUAAUGGGAUCUGUAGGAUAUCUUUUCUGCCUUGUGCAAGUGUAACAGGCUGUGAAUGAAGGCAGUCUUUGUUACUCCAUUUGUUAGGGAUGACCAUUUCCAGCUGACCCAGGCCACCACGUUCAGAGCAUUGCUUAUGAAUCUGGUGGAUCUUCCAGAGCUGUAUGAAAAACUUGUGCAGCCCGUGAGUUAUCAUCUCAUUUUAUAUAUGUAUGGUUUAUGCAGUUAUCUUUGAUAUGUUGGUGCCAACCACAUGUUCUAGGAACUGUCAAUGCAUGGCAAUUAAAUUGAAGACAAAAAGCAUGUAUGGUG